UUGAGAGCACAAACGGCAGCAAGCUCAGAGCUGCAUGCUAAUAAUUUACCUGAAGUGUGUCAGCGUGUGUGCACACUGCAGUGCAGAUUUCCUGCCACCUAAAUCAUACAGUUUCUAUUUGUGUAGUGUAGUGUGAACUUAAGGGCAGAUGAUGUGUGAGUGGUGCUGGUAGGGUCUUGCUGCUGUGGUUAUAGUGCAGAAAUGGAAGAUCAAGUGCCGAACCAGGAUUCUGAAGCCACAGAUGUGAAGAAAGUGCAUCAUAAAUCUGAAACCAAGCGAUACAGUGAGAUCUUCAGAGAUUUUGAUAAUUUGGGUUUAUCUUUGAUAUCUUCUGUAGGAGAAGAUCUGCUGGCAGAAACUGACUCGCAGCCCAUCUCAGAAUCCGUCACAGCAGAAAGCACAGAGCUCAUAGACCAACAUGAUGCGUCUAGUGAAGAUGUAUUUUGUUCGCAGAUACGCUCUGAACCCAAUGAAGCAGAUGGAAACUCAUCAGCCCAGGAAGCAGACCUGGCCCUUUGUCGCUGUGAGGAUGGAGUGGAGAUGGCGCUGCAGUAUGCCAAGAUGUGGUGUCGCUAUGCCAAAGACCUACUUGCCUGGAUGGAGAAGAGAAUCAGCUUGGAACAAGAAUUUGCAAAAAAUGUGAUGAAGGCAGCUGAAGGAGCAAAAGCCAACGUGGCACAGCAGGAAAUGAUGCCUCUACAGUACAUCUACACCAUGGCACUUGAACAAGACAUCAAGAAUAGUGUGACAUCUAAAAAGACUUCUGAACUGCUACAAAGCCGCUGUUACCAAGCCUUGGCUGCGAAGAGGAAUGAGAUUGACAAGUGGCGCAGAGAGUUUAAGGAGCAGUGGGCAAGAGAACAAAGGAGAAUGAACGAAGCAGUAACAGCUUUUAGAAAGGCUCGGCAGCAAUACUUUCAGCGCUGUGAUGAGCUAGAAAAGGCUAAGGCUGUCUCUGCUAAAGCUGUGGAUGACACAGCUGGAAUCAAAACACUGGAUAAAAGGAGGAAGUCAAAGGAUGAAGCCCAAACUAAGGUGAUGGAAGCAGAGGCCCUGUACAGACAGUCUGUGAAUGAUGCCAGGUUCCACCAAGAUGAGUUAGUGAAGGUCAAAGAGAGAAUUAUUUCUCACAUUCGCAAGCUCAUCUGUCAAGGAGACACCGUACUCAAGGAGGCCACAGUCAACAUGUUUUACUACCAGCGGCAGCAGACAGAGCCUGUUCCCCUCGGCUACCACAACCUGGAGAUAACAUGUAGGUCCCUGGAGCCUGGGGAGCCUUACCUGCUCUACAUCCUCAGCAAGCGUCGCCUCGAGCAACCUCUCCAAGUCUUCAACUUUCAGGAGUAUGUUCCUCAGGGCAAAGGGAACAAACGAAAGACCAGCAGUGCUCUCAGCUCUCUGCACGACUCUUCACCUAUGAAAGAGGACAUCUUUUACAGAAGAUUCAGUGACGGCAAGAAAACAGGGCACAGUGACAGUGAGAAUAUUGGAGGCAGUUUGGAAUCUCUGUCUAGCCCUGCUCAAAGUAAUAGGAGGCUGCCUAAAACUGCAUCCACUUUGACAGUGUCGUCAGACGACCUGGACGAGCGGGAUAUAGCGUCAGAAUCAGAGUUCACUGAUGGUCAGCCAGUCAAAGUGCGCACUCUUUCACGAGCUGCAAUGACACACCGACUCAAGAAGAUGAAGAGCAAGAUGGCAAAAUGCAAGCAGUGUGACAACUACAUUGUUGUCAGUGGGGUGGAAUGUGAGGAGUGCGGUGUGGCUUUGCACAGGAAGUGCAUGGAGGUGUGUCAGUUAGAAUGUGAGCACAGGAAGGGGACUGUGUUUGGGGCAGACCUCUCUCUACUGCCACGUGACAGACCAGAUGAGGUACCCUUUGUUGUGCUGCUCUGCACAUCCGAGAUCGAGAGUCGCGCUCUUUCAAUCCAGGGGGUGUAUCGUGUGAGUGGGUCAAAGCCUCGCAUCCAGAAGCUCUGUCAGGCCUUUGAGGUGCAAAAGGAGCAGGUGGACCUUUCUGACCUCUCACCGCAUGACAUCACCUCAAUCCUUAAGCACUUCUUCAAAGAGCUCCCAGAGCCCUUACUAACCUUUGACCUGUACAAUGACUUCAUUGAUGUGGGAAAGACCAUUCAGCACCUGAGUGAAAAGGAGUCAACACUAGACACUAAUGAGAUAAUGGACAUCAUUCACAACCUCCAAAAGCUACUACAGAAACUUCCUCCAUAUUGCUACAGCACUUUGCAGCAUUUGAUGUCUCACCUGCAAAAAGUUUCAGAGAACUACGAGAACAAGAUGUCCCCUAGCAAUUUGGGUAUUGUGUUUGGACCAACACUAUUGCGCCCUCUUGUGUCUACGGACAUGCCAAUGAUUGCCCUGCUGGAGACCAGUUACCAGGCUGCACUUGUCGAGUUCCUCAUCACACACCAUGACACGGUUUUUGGCUUUCAGGAGAGACCCAGUACACCCCCUCCCCCUGUCCCCACUGUACCUCUUCCAGACACCCCUCCCAGAGCUUCCUGUCCCCUGGAUGGGGACGCUUACACCAGCCCAGAACGUGAAAGCUCCAGAGAGCGCCAACACUCAGUAGAAAGUCGCACAAUCAAGAGAGAGUCAAGCGAGGGUUAUAUAUCUGACAAGUCUUCAUCCAAUGAGGCAGUGGACCAGCUCAGCCCUGAAGCCAAUGAGAGAGCAGUCUUGGCUAUAAGAGGGGCAUCGACCGAUCAUCAGGGUGACCUGGUGGGAGAACCAGACUCUGAUUUGGGGACCCAGCCAUAUUAUCGCUUCACCAGACAGCCUGUGAAAUAUCACCGGCAUCACAACCCAGGAACACGACUCUCUAACCCUGGCCGUGCAGCCAGACAGCCUGCAGCCCCGGUGAGAGGCCGUCCGGGGAGUGCUGACAGCAGCCGGAGCUCCUCUCCAGAGCCUAGGACGCUGAGACUUUCUCAGAACUUAGAUGUCUGCUGUGAGAACACUCACCAGCCCCACCAGUCCACCAUUACCGCAGAGAGUAAAGUGGAUGUCCCACUAAGUCCUCGGGAGGUUGUGCAGUACAUGUUGGGACUGGACUCAACAUUUGCAUCACCUGAAACUGUAACAGCAUCCGGUACAACACAUCAGUCUUCCCAGCAGGAAGCGACUGGAUGUCACGCUGAUCUGAACACAAAUAUGUCCAAUAACAGACAGAGUGCUGGACUGAACCGGGCUCUGUGUCACUCACCAAAGACACUUCCUGCUGAGCACAACCUGACUGCGCCAGCCCACAAGAUCCUGUCUGGUCUGAAGCUGAGACGCAGCCACUCAGGGAAAGAUGAGCAGCUAUUUGUCUGAGGAACAGUAGAAACUUCCAGACAGUUCAUUGGAAUACAUUGACACACACACUGGUGAUCCUCAGUGUGACUGUGUGUAAUGAUUGUUACUACUACCAACAUUCACACAGUCAUCAAGAAAAAAAUCCUCCCAUAUUUUAUGCACAAAACCUAGAUGACAGUGCAGUUACCACAACAACUGAAUAUUUCAGACUCACUCACACACUCUUUAAGGAAACACAGUUGAAAAGUUCAGGUCUGAUGAUUACCAGGUGCCACUGCCUUAUUACCACUAAUCCUGUUUAAGGGUUAGGGUUAGGGUUAUUUAUUUUGAUCUGUUGACGAUCCAGCUGGCUAAUGCCCACAAGGACAACAGGGGUUUGUGUAUUUAUCAGUUUAUAUUGUUUCUUAUGCGUUUGAAUGUAACGAACGGAUGGUUUCAGACUGCGGGUUGAAGUACAAAUUUCCUCUAGGCUCUCAGACAAACUAUAAUGAAAAUCUGCAAAACACAAAUGUCAACAGUUGUAUUUUAAGAUGAUCUUGUUAUCUACUUGUGCUCUUCAGUGUUUAUAGGCUCCAGAUGGAGAAUUUUGUAGUACAUAAGCAAAGAUAGGGUAUCAUUGGUGUCAUAGUUGUCUCGGCAGAUACUCUUUUCCCAGUUCCAUGCACCUUUCCUGAUGUAACACAAGGGGGCGGUAUUCUUCCAGUGUGAGGAGAAACCAUGCCAGACACAAUAGCAGGAGGGCAAUAAACCAUUUAUUUCUGAUUACAA